ACUGUGAUAGGUUAUAUCUUGGGCUAGCUAUAUUGAGGUACCUGACAGUUGAACUGAGGGUUGCGAGGUCAGCAUUGUGCACAUUGGUUCUCGUCCCUGCUGGUCGGGGUACGAGUAGGGAGCUGGUCUCACCUAGCAGAGGCGUCCAGGAGACUGCCCUCUAUGUAUUCUCUAGCUGGUGCCUUCCUCAACAAGAUGAGCAAGAUCCAGGUGGUGGAGGGAUACCAGGUUGGAGGAAGGCGUGCGGUGGUGGCGUCUGAUGCGGUUGCUGCGGAGGGAUAUGUGAAGGAGUUUACGCGCCACUCCAACGACGUCCUGCUGAAUCUGAAUGAGCUGAGGCACCGGAACAUUCUGACCGAUGCCACCCUCGUGGUGGGCACUGCCCAACUGCAGGCACACUGUGCUGUGCUCAUUGCCUGCAGUGGGUUCUUCUACUCCCUGUACUGCCAUCGUGUGUCCUCCCCCGUACAGAGUGGUGCUGGAGGCCAGGCCCUAACCCUGUCUCUCCCUGACUCCCUGGACCCCUCCAGCGUCUCCCUGCUCCUGGACUUCAUGUACACCUCCCGGCUGCCCCUCACAUCACACACCGUCCCCGGGGUGCUCGCCGUCGCCACCUACCUGCAGAUGGACCACGUGGCCGACACCUGCAGAGCUUUCAUGUUACACAUUGAGAGGAUGAGAGGGACGCCCCCUCAAGUGGAGCUGGACUCCACAGUGUCUGCAGUGUUUGAGGCACCCUCAGGGGGAAUUCCUCCCAAUCCCCCUAUCAAUGGAAGACCCCGCCCGUCUGUUCUCGCUGUCUCCACCCCCUCACAGCCCGCAGCGGAAGCUGAGGGCCGCAUUUGCCCUGACUCAGCCAGGGUCCCUGGAGACAUCCGGGCCUCUCUGCAGCCAGGGACUUUCCUGACCCGUAAGCCCAGGUCAAAGGAACUAAAGCUGGAGCCUGAAUCCCCUCUCCCCACGCCCUCUCCAGAAAGCCCAUCGUGCUCCAGCUGCCAGCCCAACUCUCCUGCUGAGUCCAAAACCUGUAACUUGGGUGAACCCAAGAGCAGCCCUGACCCUAAGGCUUGCAACUGGAAGAAAUACAAGUACAUCAUCCUCAAUCCCCUCUGUGCCAUAACCACGAUGAAGGAGGAGGAGCCUGAGGAGGUCCAGCAGCAGUUUAGGCACACCCCCAACUCUGAUAGGAUGGAGGUGACAUUGAAGCCAACUAUAGAGGCGUGGCCAGGGGAAGGAUCUGGCCAAAAUGACAGGCAGGGGCACGUCUCCUGCUAUGAUGUUCCUGGCCGUAGCCCUCCUCUGGUGCCCCUCACAGGGCUGUCAGCACACUCUGCGGACCACCCCAUGGAGCCUCCCACCCACAAGGAAGGAACAGCCUCGCCUUGCUAUCUGGCACCGCGCCCAUUGGAGCCAGAGGCUGCCCAUCACCGCCAACACCCAAUCAAGCGCAAGAAUUACGGCUUGCCAUUCCGUUACUCCGGCAACCUGAGCGUGAUAAAGGCUGUCUGCACAGGUGAGGCAGCCCCUGCUGCCGGCGACAAGCCGUACCGCUGCAACGUGUGUGGCGCCCAGUUCAACCGGCCCGCCAAUUUGAAGACUCACUCCCGCAUCCACUCUGGAGAGAAGCCCUACCACUGUGAUACCUGCGGGACCCGAUUCGUUCAGGUGGCCCACCUGCGAGCCCAUGUUCUGAUUCACACAGGGGAGAAGCCCUAUCCCUGUCACACCUGUGGCACUCGCUUCCGUCACCUGCAGACCCUGAAGAGCCACCUGCGUAUUCACACUGGCGAGAAGCCUUACACUUGUGAGAAGUGUGACCUGCACGUCCGCCACAAGAGCCAGCUGCGUCUCCACCUGAGGCAGAAGCACGGCGCCGUCACCAACAACAAGAUCCACUACAAGGUCCUGGCCGACCCCUACCAGUCCAUCCUGCAGGCCUGUUAAAUGUCUUCCCUUUGAACCCGGACCUUUAACCCCUAACCCCAAACCCAAUAGAUACCAGCCAUGACCCUAACAUUUCUGUCAAUCAAAUCAUGAUCGUUUAUCUGUUACCACCCUAGUUUCUCCUGUGUUAUUAUGGUCCAUGGCUGAAUCCCAAAUGGCACUCUAUACCUUAUAUAGGGCACUAUUUUUUACCAGGGCUGGGUGCCAUUCGAGACUGCCUGUCUGUAUUUUUCUCAAGUAUGUUUCACCCACUGGCUAGGGAGGCCAUUAUAACACCUAAACAUAUAGUUGGAAGUACAUGGGUCCUGUAUGUGAUUAGCCAAUCAAGCCAUGAUGUUCUAAUAUGAUUUGGGGAAAGAUGGCAGGACCAGAGAUCUGAGCUGAUAUGUCAAUAGCAUGCUGAUGCCUUUCCUCUACAUGCUGUCAGUGAGGUAUUGGGCCUGUAUGAGUUAGGUCAGCAUGACGUGGAUCUUGUCAAGAGAGCUGACGAGAGUUACUGGGAGUAGUAUGGAAUGUUUUGUAGCCCAUCAGUUUGAGAGAGAGAGAGAGAGAGAGAGAGAGAGAGAGAGAGAGAGAGAGAGAGAGAGAGAGAGAGAGAGAGAGAGAGAGAGAGAGAGAGAGAGAGAGAGAGAGAGAGAUUUGACCGUUAAGAACAUGAAAUUAGGAUUUGACUGUAUUAGAGUGAUAGAGAGAAUGAUGUAGUAGGUUGCUAUGAGGUUGGGAGCUGUAGAAAUGGAUAGAGCAAGUGAAAGAAAGUUUCCUGUGCCAUUGUUUUAUUUAUUUUCCAGUCUCACAGGUAUUUUUUGGGACUGGGACACAUUGGGGAUCGUUGAGUAUUUGGAAGGGACACUACAAAAAUGUCAUUGCAUAACAAUGUAGACAAAGAUAGGUCAAAGAUCAUAAUGCCCUCAGCACUAACAUGUGAAUAGACUACCCCGAUUGUGACAGCUUUAAAUAGCUUUUUAACUAAUGUUUAUUUUUUUACAUACUUGGGGCCUUUGUAUAAUGACGUGUCAUAUUGGAUCAGAUAUUUUGCCCGUUACAUCCCUGCUGUGUUUUUCUAAAGCUUUUUAUUUAAAUGUAAGAUUAUAACUUGUCAUCCGUGAUUAAUUAUAAUUUUAUUUCGGAGUCCAAGCAGGCAAAGGACUUCCGUCUCUUGUAUAUGAAGGAAUAUGGGCUCUCAGAGCAUAAAAGCUAGAUAAUGCUACUGUAAAAAAUGGAUGAGAGAUGAUAUUGAUAUCUGAAAUUGUAUGGUGUUCUUUUGCUGGACAAAGACAAGGACUGUUUUAUACGAA